AUGGCUUCGAGAGGCAUGGUACCCCCCACGCCCACCACUCCUUCAAUGUACCACUCGGACAAGCAAGAAUGCGAGGAUGGCGAUGAUGAUGCCAGCGAAUCGACGCCCUUUGCGCGCGACGUCGAGAGCGUGCCACCGCCGUACUCUGACGACCCAAACGCCACGCCAUGGUGGCAGCGAGCGCGAAGGCCAUCAUUGUGGCGACGUAGACAUGACAGCGGGUUUGGACUGGGCCGCGGAUCACUCCGUGACUUUUCACUGCGUCGAGCAUCCUCCUCAACUCUCCGUGUGGGCGCGUCACGACCCGUGACCCUCCUGCUUGGCCUUCUCGUCCUCCUCUGCGGCGCCAUUUUCCUCAUGCUCCUUGAGCAGCGACACCUCAACGCCGAUGGCGACACCGGUGGCCGCACCAUCUUCUUCUGGCCUACAGGAUCAGACUCAUCCAAGAGCACCGCAGCCAAGGGCUCCCUCGGAGCAUCGGGCCAGCCUGUCAUGCAACUCGCCCGUCGCCCUCAGACGAUGCAAAUGCACGAGCCCUUCCUGGCGGAAGACGCCAAGUACCUCGACGCGUGGGUCGCCCGUGGCGAGAUCCUGCCGGGUCUUGACCUCUCUCAGCAGAACACCAUCGACGGUCUUUGGUUCUGGGUCAAUGGCUCCGACCCUCGUCAUCACGCCGCUCGCAACUUCUACGCCCUGGACCCCUACCGCGCCAACGUCGCUGAGCCUCGAAGCUCAGACGCGCAAGGCCACGCCCUUGCUCGUCGCGACGACACGCUCAAGCUGCAAAACUCCGAGAAUCGCUUCCGCGAGCACGACGAGCUGCGAUACAGUAUGCGAAGUGCCAAGAAUGCUUUGGGCGACUCGCUGCGUACUAGCCACUUGAUCACUACCGACUUCUGGGCUAGCGGCAAGCCGGAGAUGAAUGCACUGGCAGACGCCACGGCCGCCAAUGUCGCGCCCUCUGUCGAGCCUGUUCGUGCCACUUCUGGAGCUCAAGUCGCCUUCGUGCCCGGCAGCGGCCGCAGUGACGUGCUCGAGAUCGAGGCGGGCCUCAUGCGCUACGGGCAGCUCCCGCAGUGGCUCGAUGUCGACGCUCCCGGUGUCAUGGUCGGUCAAGCUUCCCGCCAGCAGGAUGUCGAGGAGGGAGCCGCACCGCCCAAGAUCAAAGUACACCAUGAUUGGCAAGUCACGGCCGACCUGCACUCCGUCGAUCCUAUCACGCAGUCGCGACCCGAGCCGCUUUCUGAGGCCGAGACUCUCGCCCACAAGUUGCGUGUUCUCCCUACCUUCAACUCGCUCGCCGCUGAAGCCUCGCUCGGCCUUCUUGUUCCUGGGCUGGGCGAGAACUUCUUCUACAGCAACGAUGACCACUUCCUCGGCAAUCGCGACCUAUCCGUCAGCGACUUCACCUCCCCGCUGUAUGGCACCGUCAUGCACAUCAAUCGCUUCUUCGUCAUUGGCCCCUAUGAGCACCCGCCUAUCAUGAAGGGCGAGCUUCCCAGCAUGCGCUACUCUGCCUACCUCCUGGCACAGCGCUUCGGCAAGCGUGACCGUCACUACAUCAUUCACGUGCAGAAGGUUCACUCUCGCCCGCUAGUCGACGAGGCCCGUAUGCUCUGGGGCGACCAAUUCGCGCGCACCGUUGGCCGUCGUUUCCGCGGCGAUGGUCAAGGUGCCAACUCGCACCUUCUCUCGUACAACCUUCAGAUCGAGCGUCACCGUGAGGCCCUGCUUUGGUCCUGGUUCGUCGCCAAGCUGGACGUUGAUGGAGAUGGCAAGUACAGCACGGAUGAGCUCAAGGGCGCUCUCUUCGAUCUUGGAUACGACGCAGAUGAGACCGACUACAAGCCCAUCUGGCUGCAGGACAACAUUCCUAUCCACACCCCACAGCGCGACAGCAUGCUUCGCAAGAAUGUCAACGAGACCUUUGAUGCGUCUCUCUUCCCCCGCCCGGGGGCGAGCACGUACCAGUUCUCUUCGCAGGAUGGAUACGCCCUCGCUGGUGUUCGCUUCGACAAGGUCUCUGGCCAUCAAUUCCCCACAUUCCACACCGAGCCAGGAACCAAGGAGCACGACCUUCACCAGCCUGCUGCCAUCAUGAACUGGCGCGUCUGCUGGCCCUUUGACAAGGCGUACGACCCAAUCGCUCUCUUCAGGCACAUGGCCUUUGAGAACACGGCCUGCGGUGACUUCCUCCUCACAUACCUCGUAGCCCGCUCAGGCAAGAAGGGCCUGGACGUCUUCCUCCCCUCUGCCGACACCCGCUUCCCCGCGGUAGCCACGCCCGUGCAGGCAGACCAGACCACGCCUCACCUGCCCCUCGACUCACGUUGGGACGACUGCGACUUCUCACUCUCGUCGGUCGCACGCAACACGGGUUCCUCCCUCGCCUCGCGCCGUAUCUUUGCCACUCGCCUCAUCCAACGCUACGCCUACACGAUCGCUGGUGCGCCCUUGGACUUCCAGAUGCUCAAGGAGCCCAAGGGGGCGAAGAGGAUUCUGGACAGCCUCAAGAGGAGGCAGCACAAUUUGGCCUUCAUUGGUGUCAAUGACGACGUCAUUCCAGGCAAGGGCGAGGAGGAGACGUGGAGCCUGUUCCAGCAGUGGAUGGAGGAGAUGUGGCCGACGAAGACGGCAGCGCUGGACUUUGAGCUGCCUCGCUGA